AUGAGGAGUGGGCCGGGGAAGAAGGACAGGCGGGCCUUCGCCGCGGGCGCACAGGCCCGGCCGCGCGUAUCCAAGGAGCGCCCCGCCGCGCUCGGGGGUGUGGCGCGGCGCCGGCGGGGGUGGGCGGGCGCGCCGGGCGGCAGGUGUCAGCGGCGUCGGCACUCGGCGGCGAUGGAGCGGCCCCGGGCAGCUGCGGACGGCCUCUCGCGCCGGCCCCGCGGCCUCGGCCUCCUCUUCCUCCUGCAGCUGCUGCCGCCCGUGAGUCUCGGGCAGGAUCGGCUGGACGCGCCGCCGCCGCCCGCCGCGCCCCUGCCGCGCUGGUCCGGCCCGCUCGGCGUGAGCUGGGGGCUGCGCGCGGCCGCGGCCGGGGGCCUGUUCACCCGCGGCGGCCGUUGGCGCCGCAGCGCGGCGCGGCAGGACGGGGACUGCGGCGGGCUCCCGGGCUUCGUCGCCAAGCUGGCCAACAACACGCACCAGCAUGUCUUUGAUGAUCUCAGCGGCUCCGUGUCCUUGUCCUGGGUUGGAGACAGCACUGGGGUCAUUCUAGUCUUGACCACCUUCCAUGUGCCACUGGUAAUUAUGACUUUUCAACAGUCCAAGCUGUAUCGAAGUGAGGAUUAUGGAAAGAACUUUAAGGACAUCACACACCUCAUCAACAGUUCCUUCAUUCGAACUGAAUUUGGCAUGGCUGUUGGUCCUGAGAACUCUGGCAAGGUGAUAUUAACAGCAGAGGUGUCUGGAGGAAGUCGUGGAGGAAGAAUCUUCAGAUCCUCAGAUUUUGCAAAGAACUUUGUACAGACAGAUCUCCCUUUUCAUCCUCUGACUCAGAUGAUGUACAGCCCUCAGAAUUCCGAGUACCUUUUAGCACUGAGCACUGACAAUGGCCUGUGGGUGUCCAAGAACUUUGGAGGAAAAUGGGAAGAAAUCCACAAAGCAGUGUGUUUGGCCAAAUGGGGAUCAGGAAACAGCAUCUUUUUUACCACCUACGUCACGGGCUCCUGCAAAGCUGACCUUGGAGCACUGGAAUUAUGGAGGACUUCUGACUUGGGAAAAAGCUUCAAAACCAUCGGGGUGAAAAUCUACUCAUUUGGUCUUGGGGGCCGUUUCCUUUUUGCCUCGGUGAUGGCUGAGAAGGAUACGACGAGAAGGAUCCAUGUGUCGACCGAUCAGGGUGACACGUGGAGCAUGGCGCAGCUCCCCUCUGUGGGGCAGGAGCAGUUCUAUUCCAUCCUGGCAGCUAACGACGACAUGGUGUUCAUGCAUGUGGAUGAGCCUGGAGACACUGGGUUCGGCACCAUCUUUACCUCUGAUGACCGGGGCAUCGUGUAUUCCAAGUCUUUGGACCGCCAUCUCUACACCACCACAGGCGGAGAGACGGACUUCACCAAUGUGACCUCCCUCCGCGGGGUCUACAUGACCAGCACGCUCUCAGAAGAUAAUUCUAUCCAGACUAUGAUCACUUUUGACCAAGGAGGCAGGUGGCAGCGCCUGAGGAAGCCUGAGAACAGUGAAUGCGAUGCAACAGCGAAAAACAGGCAUGAGUGCAGCCUCCAUAUCCAUGCUUCGUACAGCAUCUCCCAGAAACUAAACGUGCCCAUGGCCCCACUCUCGGAGCCUAAUGCUGUAGGCAUAGUCAUUGCCCAUGGUAGUGUGGGGGAUGCUAUCUCGGUGAUGGUCCCAGAUGUGUACAUCUCAGAUGAUGGGGGUUACUCCUGGACCAAGAUGCUGGAUGGACCGCACUACUACACCAUCCUGGACUCUGGAGGCAUCAUUGUGGCCAUUGAGCACAGCAGCCACCCUAUCGAUGUGAUUAAGUUCUCUACAGAUGAAGGUCAGUGCUGGCAAUCCUACACAUUCACCAAGGAACCCAUCUAUUUCACUGGCCUGGCUUCGGAACCUGGGGCCAGGUCCAUGAAUAUCAGCAUUUGGGGUUUCACAGAGUCUUUCCUGACCCGCCAGUGGGUCUCCUACACCAUCAAUUUUAAAGACAUCCUUGAAAGGAACUGUGAAGAAAAAGACUACACCAUCUGGCUAGCGCACUCCACAGACCCUGGAGACCAUGAAGAUGGCUGCAUCUUGGGCUAUAAAGAGCAGUACCUCCGGCUGCGCAAGUCUUCCGUCUGCCAGAAUGGUCGAGACUAUGUUGUCACCAAGCAGCCGUCCAUCUGUCCCUGUUCCCUGGAGGACUUCCUCUGUGAUUUUGGCUACUUCCGCCCAGAAAAUGACUCCAAGUGUGUGGAACAGCCAGAACUGAAGGGCCAUGACCUCGAGUUUUGUCUGUAUGGGAGAGAAGAGCACCUGACAACAAACGGGUACAGGAAAAUUCCAGGAGACAGAUGCCAAGGUGGGGUGAAUCCAGCUAGAGAAGUGAAAGACUUGAAAAAGAAAUGCACAAGCAACUUUCUGAGUCCAGAAAAGCAGGACUCUGGCCCACAGGGACACAGCUUGUCCCAGAAUCCAGCUCCGCCUCCUCUUGGAUACACUGAAAACACACACUUCCUAUCUCCCACCCAGAAGCAGAAUUCCAAGUCAAAUUCUGUUCCAAUUAUCCUGGCCAUCGUGGGAUUGAUGCUGGUCACAGUGGUGGCAGGAGUGCUGAUUGUGAAGAAGUACGUCUGUGGAGGAAGGUUCCUGGUCCAUCGAUAUUCUGUGCUGCAGCAGCAUGCAGAGGCCAACGGCGUGGAUGGGGUGGACACCUUGGACACAGCCCCGCAUGCUCACAAAAGUGGUUAUCAUGAUGACUCAGAUGAGGACCUCCUGGAAUAGCUCCGUCAAGGAAGCUGGAGCUGAGUGUGGAUGGUGGAACCGCGGUACCUCCUACACCCCCAUGGCUCCAGCUCGGGGGAAUAAAGUUCCCAUUGCGAGAGA